AUGGCGAGAUCAAGGAGAGUGAGAUUAUCUGCGUUAGUUAAAGAUAAAGAUAAAAGGAAGGAGAGAAAUAUAGACUUAAUAAAUAAAGUUCGAGAGUGUUGUACAUGUUUUAAGUAUAUAUACGUUGUUAUUUUACAGAAUCAGAGGAAUUCUCUCCUAAAGCUAUUCAGGAAGAAGCUCGGAGAUGGACACUUCAUUUUUGGGAAGAACAAGGUACUUAGACUUGCCUUGGGAGUAAAGCCGCAGGAUGAAAUAAAUAACAAUAUUUCUUCUAUUUCUCAAUUACUGAAAGGAGAGCGUGCAUUGAUAUUUUCUAAUUUAAUUCCCAGCGAAAUGAUGAAAAUAUGUGAAGAUUCAUCAAGCCUAGAGUUUGGACGUACAGGAUCUAUUCCAGGGAUUUCUUAUGUUUUAACUGCUGGUUGUAAUAUAAAGGAAAAGUUGACUUUACCAGAUACAGUACUACAUAAGCUUGGAUUGGAGACUAGAAUUCAAGGUGAAAACUAUGAAUUGGUGAGUGACUUCACAGUUUGUGAAACAGGUGUGCCUUUAACUAAUAAGCAGGCACAAGUAUUGAAGUAUUUGGGAAUACAAACAGUUAAGUUUGAGAUAAUUAUUGAAGCAUUCUGGUAUGAUGGAAAGCUUUAUAGUUCGAAUUCCUGCAAUUCAAAUUAG